AAUAAGCGUGCAACAACAUGACGGAAAAAAUUACUCUGGCUGAUGCCUUAUCCAAUGUGGAGGUAUUGGAUGAACUCUCGCUGCCCGAUGAACAGCCCUGCAUUGAGGCCCAACCAUGUUCGGUAAUUUAUAAGGCCAAUUUUGAUACUAACUUUGAGGAUCGUAAUGGUUUUGUUACCGGUAUUGCCAAAUACAUUGAAGAGGCUACAACACAUGCGAAUUUGAACAUUUUACUCGAUGAAGGCCAAAAGCACUCGGUUAUGCUGUACACCUGGCGUUGCUGUUCCCGAGCCAUACCACAACCCAAGUCAAAUGAACAGCCCAAUCGUGUUGAGAUUUAUGAGAAGACCGUAGAGGUUUUGGCUCCCGAAGUCAAUAAGCUUUUAAAUUUUAUGUAUUUCCAACGGAAAGCCAUUGAAGCGUUUUCGGGCGAAGUUAAGCGACUUUGCCAUACCGAAAAACGCAAAGACUUUGUAUCUGAAGCAUAUCUAUUAACUUUGGGUCGUUUUAUCAAUAUGUUUGCAGUCCUGGAUGAAUUGAAGAACAUGAAGUCUAGUGUGAAAAACGAUUACAGUACAUAUCGAAGAGCGGCUCAAUUUCUAAAAGUUAUGUCAGACUCUCACACUCUACAGGAGUCUCAGAAUCUUUCCAUGUUUUUGGCAACACAAAAUAAGAUACGUGACACAGUCAAAGAUACGCUGGAGAAGAUUGUUGGCUAUGAGGAUCUGCUGUCGGAUGUGGUGAACAUUUGUGUACACAUGUUCGAGACAAAAAUGUAUUUGACACCCGAAGAGAAGCAUAUGUUGGUUAAGGUAAUGGGCUUUGGUCUAUUCCUGAUGGAUAGUGAUGCGUGCAACAUCAAUAAAUUGGAUCAAAAGAAAAAGAUCCGCCUGGAUCGCAUAGAUCGUAUCUUUAAGAAUUUGGAAGUGGUACCAUUGUUUGGCGAUAUGCAAAUUGCCCCCUUCAAUUAUAUAAAGAGAAGUAAACACUACGAUCCCAGUAAAUGGCCUUUGUCUAGUUCGAAUGCUGCCAGUCCCCAGGCAGAUCUUAUGGUACAUCUGCCACAGAUACGUGAAGAUCAUGUAAAAUAUAUAUCGGAAUUGGCUCGUUACACAAAUGAGGUUACAACAACUGUUAAGGAAAAUCCUUCAGAUGCUGAAAAUCGUGCAACAGCAGAUUUGGCAUUAAGAGGUUUACAGCUACUGUCGGAGUGGACAAGUGUUGUAACGGAAUUGUAUUCUUGGAAGCUAUUGCAUCCAACGGAUCAUCAUCAGAAUAAAGAGUGUCCCGUCGAGGCAGAAGAAUAUGAGCGAGCUACGCGUUACAAUUAUACAUCGGAAGAGAAAUUUGCUUUAAUCGAAGUUAUUGCCAUGAUUAAGGGUUUGCAGGUCCUCAUGGCCCGUAUUGAAACGGUUUUGUGUGAAGCCAUACGGCGUAAUAUUUAUUCAGAGCUACAAGAUUUUGUCCAACUAACUUUGCGUGAACCCUUGCGCAAGGCCGUCAAGAAUAAAAAAGAUCUUAUACGCAGUAUAAUAAUGUCGGUGCGUGAAACAGCUGCCGAUUGGCAAAAGGGUUACGAACCAACAGAUGAUCCAGCUAUAAAGGGUAAAAAAGAUCCAGAUGGUGGUUUUCGUAUACAUGUACCACGCCUCAAUGUUGGCCCCUCUUCAACUCAGUUGUAUAUGGUUCGUACCAUGUUGGAGUCUUUGAUUGCCGAUAAAUCGGGAGGCAAACGCACUUUACGUAAAGAUAUCGAUGGCAAUUGCCUCAUGCAAAUUGAUGCAUUCCAUAAGACAUCAUUCUAUUGGAGUUAUUUGCUAAACUUUAGCGAUACUCUACAAAAAUGUUGUGAUCUAUCACAAUUGUGGUAUCGUGAGUUCUAUUUGGAAAUGACAAUGGGACGUAAGGUCAACAAAUGUACGGUGCGUCAUCAACACAACGAGGAAUGUAAGGAUUUGAUAACAAUGGAAAAACGUAUACAAUUCCCCAUUGAAAUGUCCAUGCCAUGGAUAUUGACCGAUCAUAUUUUACAAACCAAGGAACCGUCUAUGAUGGAGUUUGUUCUAUAUCCCCUGGAUUUGUAUAAUGACUCGGCUCAUUAUGCUUUGACUGUCUUCCGCAAACAAUUUUUAUAUGAUGAAGUUGAGGCCGAGGUUAAUUUGUGUUUCGAUCAAUUUGUCUAUAAGCUAAGUGAACAAAUCUUUGCCCAUUACAAACAAUUGGCGGGAAGCAUUUUCUUGGACAAACGUUUCCGUUUGGAAUGUGAAGUUUUGGGCUUUAACUUCCAGUCAUAUCCUCGCAAUAAUCGUUAUGAGACAUUACUCAAACAGAGACAUGUACAAUUGUUGGGACGCUCCAUUGAUUUGAACAAGCUAAUAACACAACGUAUUAAUGCUAAUAUGCACAAGAGUAUUGAAUUGGCAAUAAGUCGCUUUGAAGGCAAUGAUAUUACCGGCAUAGUGGAACUUGAAGGUCUAUUGGAAUGCAAUCGCAUCUGUCACAAAUUGCUAAGUAAAUAUUUGGCCCUGGACAAUUUCGAGGCUAUGGUUAAGGAGGCCAAUCACAAUGUAUUGGCACCAUAUGGUCGCAUAACGCUUCAUGUGUUUGUUGAAUUGAAUUAUGAUUUCUUGGUUAAUUAUUGUUAUAAUGCAGCAACAAAUAGAUUUGUACGCAGCAAAGUAAAUCUGGCAUCAGCCCAGCCAAUGCAACGUGAAAAGCCCCCUCAAAUGUCCCACUACUAUUUGUGGGGUUCAAAACAAUUGAAUGCUGCCUAUUCCACACAAUAUGGUCAAUAUACUGGCUUCGUUGGCGCACCUCACUUCCAUGCAAUGUGUCGUCUAUUAGGCUAUCAAGGCAUUGCUGUUGUUAUGGAUAUUAUCCUAAAGGAUAUUGUAAAACCAUUGAUACAGGGAUCACUUUUGCAGUUUACCAAAACCCUGAUGAGUGCUAUGCCAAAAUCAUGUAAAUUACCCCGCUGUGAAUAUGGUUCACCGGGUGUUUUAAGUUAUUAUCAAGCCCAUUUGACCGAUAUUGUUCAGUAUCCGGAUACAAAAACCGAAUUGUUUCAAUCAUUCCGUGAAUUUGGUAAUUGUAUUAUAUUCUGUUUACUAAUUGAACAGGCUUUGUCACAGGAAGAGGUGUGUGAUUUAUUGCAUGCUGCAUUGUUUCAAAAUAUCUUCCCCAGACCAUUCUGCAAAGAAAAUGAAAAACCCGAAGCCAAACAAAAGCGUUUGGAAGCCCAAUUUGCAAAUCUACAAAUUGUCUCGAAUGUGGAAAAAUUAGGCACAGCAAAGCAAGCAAUGAUUGCCCGUGAAGGAGAUCUUCUCACCCGAGAACGUCUCUGCUGUGGCCUUAGUAUUUUUGAAGUGAUUUUGAAUCGUAUUAAAAGUUAUUUAGAUGAUCCGGUUUGGACUGGUCCAGCACCGGCUAAUGGUAUUAUACACGUUGAUGAAUGUUCCGAAUUUCAUCGUCUGUGGUCGGCGCUACAAUUUGUCUAUUGUAUUCCCGUACGUGGUACUGAAUACACAAUUGAGGAAUUGUUUGGAGAAGGCCUGAACUGGGCUGGUUGUGCAAUGAUUGUACUAUUGGGACAGCAACGUCGUUUUGAGGCCUUAGAUUUUUGCUAUCACAUUUUGAGAGUGCAGCGUGUUGAUGGCAAGGACGAGGAUGUUAAGGGAAUUAAACUCAAGCGCAUGGUGGAUCGUAUACGCAGAUUCCAAGUAUUAAAUUCACAAAUAUUUGCUAUAUUAAAUAAAUACCUAAAAGGUAGUGAUGUGGAGGGCUCAAAUGUUGAACAUGUGCGUUGUUUCCCACCACCACAACAUCCUUCGGUAAUAUCUUCACAUUAUCAAGAUCCCAAUAAAUUGCGACAAAGUAUGAAUAAUUAAAUUCAUACUU